AUUGUGUGGUACUAAAAUUAUUUAAAUUUUAUAAUUCAUCUAUCAAUAUUUUCUAACCAAGUGGUUGAUAAACAUUCUUACAAAUGGACUAGCCCAUAUACUUCUAUUUUUUUAAUAUAAAAACAAGUAAACUGUCUACAAAUCUUCCAUGAAACAGCAUGACAUCUGUUUGUUUUGAUUUUAAUACUUUAUUGUACUAAUUAAUUUUAAUACAUAUCUGCAAAAACAUUGCAUGAAAUAAUGGAAAGUCGAGAGUGGAGAAAUAGCAUUAUCAGCAAGUUGCAAACAAGGAAUAAAUAUGAAACAGCAGCAUUUCAAGAUAUAAUCAGUUUUCAGAGUAGACUCUUUGACAAUGUCAAUACCUUAAAAAAUGAAAAUCUGCAGCUAACCUUAUUAAAUGAAAGGAUUAGAUUUUCAAGCACUGAUGGGUCACCCAGCGGAGCAAGUGCCAGCAAUGAAAGGAUACAGGCUAUGGAGCAAAAAAUUCUUGUACAACAGGAAGAGCUAACAUCAUUACACAGACGAAGGGGGGAGAAUGCACAGCAAAUAAUGAGUCUCAAUGAAAAAGUACAUGACUUAGAGAAACAGCUUCAAGCAAAGGAUGUCAUAAUUUCAGAAAACACAGCAUUAAUUGCUUCCUUACGAGCUGAAAUACAAAUGUAUGAAACAAAUAUGUCAGAAUUGCAAGGUUUAAAUCAAGUGCUACGCGAUGAACAUCAAGCCUUACAGAUAGCAUUUGCAUCUAUUGAAGAAAAACUGAGGAAGGCCCAGGACGAAAAUCGAUCACUGGUUGAAAGACUUAUAAAGUAUAAAUCAAAAGAUGCCGAUAAAAUGAACGAAGAAAAUGAACAUUAUUUAAAGUCAAGCAACCCUACCGCGUUUUUCUUCAACACAUUCGGUAGAGUUAGUUUCGGAAAGAAAAGCGACAAACUACGGAAGGAAUUGGAAGAGGCCGCAAGGGAGGGCGGAAGUCGAAGCAGUGGCGGCUCGGCGGGAAGCACAGACGACAAGAUAAUGGAUUCCUUGCCUUACUAUGCGACGGCGCUGCCCUCCAAAGUUGCUAUUCGAUUUGACGCACACGACGGAGAAGUGUAUGCCGUAAAAUGGAGUCCGACAGAUCGACUGGUGGCGACCGGCGGCGCGGACAGAAAAGUAAAGUUAUGGGAUGUUUCGAAAAGUAUUGUUGAAAACAAGGGUACAUUAGUUGGUUCGAAUGCGGGUGUCAUGUCUGUGGACUUUGAUUCCACGGGCGCGUACAUUGUGGGCGCCUCCAAUGACUUCGCGAGUCGCGUAUGGACGGUCGCCGAUCAGAGGUUAAGGCAUACAUUAACAGGACAUAGCGGUAAAGUAAUGGCGGCCAAGUUUCUCGGGGAGCCGACAAAGGUGAUAACAGGGAGUCAUGACAGAACGCUAAAAAUAUGGGACCUUAGAAGUAGAAUGUGUACAGAAACAAAAUUCGCAGGAUCUUCCUGUAAUGAUCUCGUUACAUCUGACGGUGCGGGCUCGACGAUAAUAUCCGGCCAUUUCGACAAACGCAUCCGAUUCUGGGAUAUACGAACGGAGAUGUCGGCGAACCACAUAAUGCUUCAGGGAAAAGUUACUUCGCUCGAUUUAAGUAGAGACAGUAAUUAUCUCUUAGCGUGUGUAAGAGAUGACACAAUACAGCUCAUAGAUCUGCGAAUGAACACCAUCGUGCGAUCGUUCAGUAACGAAGCGUUCAAAGUUGGCUGUGACUGGUCUCGGGCUGCGUUCGGUCCCGGGGGACGUCUGCUGGCGGUUGGAGCCGCGGACGGCGUAGUCUUCGUGUGGAACACGUAUUCUGGACGGCUUGAAACCACUCUGAAGGAUCACACGACGGCGGUGACAUCUGUAUCGUGGCACCCCCAGUCUGGACUACUGGCCUCAGUGGAUCGAGGAAAACGUGCUCUCAUAUGGGGGGACUUGUGACAAGCAUGGGAGGCACCAAGGCCUCCGCCACCAAACG